GUUCCGUUUUGGGCGGAAGCGCUGGACCAGAGGAGAAACUACUGUAGGGGACAAGGCCUCGCUGAUGGAGUGGGGGUUGCUUCCGGGUCGCGCUCCGGGAAACAGGAAGUUGUCCAUCCUCCUUGCCCGGCGGCAGCUGUCCGCGAGGCGGGAGGAGCCCGAGGGGGCGCGAGCCCCGCAUGGAUUUUAUAUUGGAAGACAUGGAUCUUGCUGCCAACGAGCUCAGCAUUUAUGACAAACUUUCAGAGACUGUUGAUUUGGUGAGACAGACGGGCCAUCAGUGUGGCAUGUCAGAGAAGGCAAUUGAAAAAUUUAUCAGACAACUGCUGGAAAAGAAUGAACCUCAGAGGCCCCCCCCACAGUAUCCUCUCCUUAUAGUUGUGUAUAAGGUUCUCGCAACCUUGGGAUUAAUCUUGCUCACUGCCUACUUUGUGAUUCAACCUUUCAGCCCAUUAGCACCUGAGCCAGUGCUUUCUGGAGCUCACACCUGGCGCUCACUCAUCCAUCACAUUAGGCUAAUGUCCUUGCCCAUUACCAAGAAGUACAUGUCAGAAAACAAGGGAGUUCCUCUGCAUGGGGGUGAUGAAGACAGACCCUUUCCAGACCCCUGGUGGACAAAGGACUGUGAGCAGAAUGAGUCAGAGCCCAUUCCUGCCAACUGCACUGGCUGUGCCCAAAAACCCCUGAAGGUGAUGCUCCUGGAAGAUGCCCCAGGGAAAUUUGAGAGGCUCCAUCCACUGGUGAUCAAGACGGGAAAGCCCCUGUCGUCGGAGGAGAUUCAGCAUUUUUUGUGCCGGUACCCUGAGGUGACAGAAGGCUUCACUGAAGGGUUUUUCGCCAAGUGGUGGCGCUGCUUUCCUGAACGGUGGUUCCCAUUUCCUUAUCCAUGGAGAAGACCUCUGAACAGAUCACAAAUGUUACGUGAGCUUUUUCCUGUUUUCACUCACCUGCCAUUUCCAAAAGAUGCCUCUUUAAACAACUGCUUCCUUCUUCACCCGGAACCUGUUGUGGGGAGUAAGAUGCAUGAGAUGCAUGACCUAUUUAUCAUGGGCAGCGGUGAGGCCAUGUUGCAGCUCAUCCCUCCCUUCCAGUGCCGAAGACAUUGUCAGUCUGUGGCCAUGCCAAUAGAGCCGGGAGAUAUCGGCUAUGCCAGCACCACUCACUGGAAGGUCUACAUUAUAGCCAGAGGGGUCCAGCCUUUGGUCAUCUGCGAUGGAACCACUUUCUCAGAACUGUAGGAAAUAGAACUGUGCACAGGAACAGCUUCCAGAGCCGAAAACCAGGUUGAAAGGGGAAAAAUAAAAAACUAUGAAACUGCUUUUCAGGGGUUGGUUACUUAGUUACCUGCCCUUUGCAUGCAUGUGUGAACCAGCUGUGAGCUGCAAGGCAGUGGCCAGGGCCUAGCCCUCCUGACUCUUCCUGCAGAUGGCUCAGGAAGGAUUCAGCCUGGCCACUUGGCUAGGACUCUGCCAGCACCCAUCUGAGACUGACCUCUUCCGGGCCUUUGGGCACUAUGACCUUGAUGCUGCCCCUCAGGCAGGAAACAGGGCUGGUGCCUUCCUUUGCCUGCAUUGCCAGCUUCCUUCCCUGGCAGUGGAGAGGGCAGCCAACAGGUUCUGAUGUCAGAGCCAUCCUUUCCCAGGUGGGCCUGCUUGUCCCCAUCUUCCUGGCCACAUCACUCUACUUUUUGGAAAGCCAUGGCUGAUUAAACAAGUUCUUGUAGUUUCCCAAACAAAAUGGAAUCUAGAACCAGUGAAAAAAAGGUCAGAUAACUUUGAAUUGCACUCAAGAAGUACACUUCUUUCCCAUUGUCUGUGGCACUUGGAGUCUCUAUGAUGCCAGGCUAGAGUCUGAUCAUAUAAUAAUUCAAAGUGGUCACUCCCAAGGUAAUGCUUUCUUCCAUUUCAUCAGGUUCUUAUAUCCCCACUGCACUCCCCUUCUCCCUUGCCUGUCUGAAUGGCUUCUUGGAAGCUUGGCUGUAGUCCUCCCUGCCUUGGCAGGGCCAGAGCCCACUACUGCUGAGGCAGCACUGCUCUUGUCAGCUGUGUUGCCUUUACCAAGUGUCUUCAGAGGGUUAUGAGUUAGAGUAGCUGGCCUGGGGAGAGGGUGCCUCCCUGGGUUUGAUCUUUAGGGUCUGACUUUCUGCAGAAAAGAUGUUUUACAGAUGUGUCAAAGCUGAUGUUGUAAUGUGGUUGGGGGAGGAAAUCCAGACCCAAAGUGUUUGUCAGCUGGGUGUACAACUGACUGUGUGAUCCUCUGUCUUAAAAUGAUUUCUGUCUGCUGGGAAACAAAAACAAGGUGAGGUAUUUUUCUUUUUUGUAAUAAAAUAUAAAGCUGUGUGUUUCUGAUUGGAUGAUUCACUAUGUGCACUGUUUUCUCCCAAGUGCUUUUGGUAUAUAGCAAUCAAAUGGUGUAAAUAAGGAUGUUCUUUUCCUGUUCCUUUUUUUUUUUUUUCUCUAUUAUUCUUUUAUUGACACCACUAGAUACCUGGCCAUUGGUCAUGCCAAUGCCAGGAUGAAGAAAAAGCAAUCUACACUUUGGCCUCUGGUUCUGAAUUGCAGAAAUCAAAUGGAUACAGUACGUGUCUGUGUCAGAAUUAUGGAUCAGAGGCAGACAGUGACGAGUGAGGAUGGUUGUGAAGCCCUCUUCAUUCCUGGAGGAGCCUGCAUCUCAUCUCCCAGUCCCUCUUUCUCUGUGGGUCUCAUGACCAGCAGUGGGGAGCACUGAGCACUUGAAUGGCCUGUUUGUCUGUGGGCUUGCAGAGGACAAGCAGAGUUCACAGAGCUCAGGGCGGAAACAUCAGAGCCUCCUCCACGGGCUUCAGUGAAACUAGGAUGAACUGUACCUGAGGGAAUUUUUUCUUAAUCAACCCCUUGUGUGGAUGAAUACAGGAAAAACAAAACGUG